AUGGUGAAGAAUUUGGAGAAUAGAGAUAGUUGGAAUGUAAGCCAGAGAGGCCACCUGGGUUCCAGCCAAGAACAAGAGGCUGGUUGCAGCUGCCUGACAGCUGCCCUCACAGCUUCCUACUUCUCAGCCCCACAGGGUCCAUGGAUGGGGGUGGCCAUGAGGUCUUGCCCCAAAGAGCAUUACUGGGAUCCCCUGCUGUUCAACUGUGUCUCCUGCAAACCCAUCUGUAGCCGUCGGAGCCAACGCAUCUGUGCAGCAUUCUGCAAGUCAUUCAGUUGCCGCAAGGAGCCUGGCAAGUAUUAUGACUAUCUCCUAAAUGAUUGCAUAAGCUGUACCUCCAUCUGUGGACAACACACCAAGCAAUGUGCAUACUUCUGUGAAAACAAGUUCAAAGGACAGAGCCAAGUGAAUCUCCUUCCGGAGCUCUGGAAGCAGACGGGGGAGACAGAAGCCAAGCCAAACAAUUCAGGAAGGUACCAGGAACCAGAGCUCAGAGGCUCGGAGGCAAGUUCAAUGUCCCAAGGGCUAAAGCUGAGUGGAGGCCAGCUAGCACUGGUCUAUACCACGCUGGGACUCUGCUUGUGUGCUGUCGUCUGCUGCUUCCUCGUGGCUGUGUCCUGCUUCUUCAAGAGGAAGGGGGACCAGUGUUCCUGCCAGCUGCCCCCCAAGCCAUGCCACACUCAGGCUGAAUCCUCUCAGGAUCACUUGAUGGAAGCUGGAAGCAUUGAGGGUGGGACUCCGGAGCCAGUGGAAACAUGCAGCUUUUGUUUCCCGGAACAGAGGGCACCCACUGAGGAGAGUGCAGGGGGCCACAGGACACUGGGCCUGGCCCCUGCACAGAGGUGGUGGCCCUUGCCUGGGACAGCAUCUAUGCAGCCUUCCUCCAGCAAUGAGGACAGCGGCCUCAAGAUCAUAUGUGCCCCCUCCCAGGAAAGGGGUCCCACGACAUAG